AUGGGUACAAAAGGCCGUGCUGUUCCUCGUGUCGUGUGCUGCGCGAUACCCAUCGCCCGCGCCGCGGGCAAGGUCCUGGUCGUCACGAGCAGGAAACGGCCGAACAACUGGGAGCAAGCAUGGCUCCAACGGCGACGGCGGUCGAGCACCGAUGCCAAAAGGUGGUUGGGAGCCGUCGGAUGUGCAGUUGGAGGCUGCAGCCUCGAGAGAGGCCCUGGAAGAAGGUCCUACCCUUUGUCCCUCUCUCCGUCUCCUCAUCUCCUGAUUCUCGUCUCUCUCUCCCUCUUCGCCCCUCCCACCUCACACACACACCUUCCUCCCGUACACGUCAUCGUCAUCCACACAGCGGGCGUACGCGGCACGAUAACAAGAUACGUCAUCACGAUACCGACGCCCUCGGCCACGUAUCACUUUUAUGAGCUGGACGUGGUCGGGCUGGAACAAGACUGGCUAGAACGUAACGAGCGGAGACGGGAGUGGGUAGACUACGCCGAGGCGUGCAGGCGGCUGGAGUGGAAGUCGGAGCUCGCGCAGGGCCUCAAGUCGUCCUCCCUGGCCCGCUGA